AUGCAUCAACUACCAGUGCUUCAACAAUUGUUGAAAACAUUCAACCUCAACGAACCCAGGUAUGUUUGUGAUUUCAUGUUUUGUUUAUUCCUUUAUUAAUUGGUAUAUAUAUUUCUAUUUAUUCAUUGUAUUUAUUUGAUAGUUUUGCAGCUGCAAGAAUACAUGUAGCAGACUUAGUGGACGAAAAAAGCGCGGUUGUCCGUGUCGCGAUGAAAAUUUGCAUUGCACUGACAAGUGUUCCUGUGGGUCAAAAAAGUCAAAAAACCAGGAACAAAGUACGGCGAAUGCAAAUGCUGGGAAAAAUGCAUUUGACCGCCAUCAAGCGGCCAUCGAGGUUUCUAACCGCGAGAUUACGGUAAGCAAAGCAAGUGUUCAUACAGAAUUUUGA